AUGAAACCAAUCAUUGUAUUUGAUUCAUUUAAAGAUUGUAUGGGAUCAAAUGAAUUGGGUAUGACAGUACUUGAUGCAUUAAACAAAUCGAUGAUGACCAACUCUACACCGAUCAGUAUAGACUCUGUUUUAACUAUUAGUGAUGGUGGAGAAGGAUUCAUUGAUUCACUAGAACGUCCGUUACAGUUACAAAGGAAAAAGGUCGAUGUUGUUCAUGGACCAUUGGGUAACACGAUCACUGCGGAGUAUGGGUUUAAUCAAUCAACAGGUUUGGCAAUCAUAGAAAUGGCAAAAGCAUCGGGUAUAGAAUUGGUUCCACCUUGCCAGAGAAAUCCAUUAAAUACUACGACCUAUGGAACGGGUCAGCUGAUACUAGACGCUCUCUCAUCUGGUUACAAGAGAAUCCUUAUUGGUGCUGGUGGUUCUGCAACCAGUGAUGGUGGUAUUGGUGCUCUUCAAGCUUUGGGAAUGAAAUUCACUCUAAGUAGCAGUAGUAGUAGCAGUAGCAGUAGUAGUAGUGCACAGCCAUCAACUGAUAUUGUUUACGGAAGGGAUUUGGAAAGAAUAAUAUCAAUUGAUUAUACAGACAUACAGAAUCGAUGGAAUGGACAAGCAAGUAUUGAAUUUUGUACAGAUGUUACCAAUCCGUUUGUAGGACCACGUGGAGCAGUUUAUACAUUUGCAGGACAAAAGGGAGCUACUGAAGAAAUCAAAGUGACGCUUGAAAAUGGAAUGAAACAAUUGGCUCGAUUAUUGCCAGUCGAUAUCUCUAAUACUGCUGGAGCUGGAGCAGCUGGUGGACUACCAGGAGGUUUCGUAUCGAUUCUAAAAGCAACUAUUCUCAAAGGAAUCGAUUAUGUAUGCCAACUAAAUGGUCUAGAUGAAAAACUCAAAAAGGACAACAACAACAACAACAGUGUAGACAUUAUAUUUACAGGUGAAGGUUCAUUUGACAAUAGUUCAAUGGAUGGUAAAACUGUUUCAAAAAUGAUAUCUUAUGGAAAACAUUUAAAUAUACCAGUAGUCAUUAUAUGUGGAAGAAAAGAUUUGAAAUCAUUGUCAAUUACUGAAAAUGAAAUGGUAGAGGUUGCCAAAGAUAAAGAAGAGGAUAGAUUUGAUGAAUGA